AUGCCUCCUCACAUCAACCGACAUAUCUCUUUUUUUAAAAAUGCUCACAAUCAUAUUAUUUCUCCAACUGCAGCGACUCCAGCAACCAGCAAUAACAAUGGAGAAAGCUCCUACUCCCCAAUAUCCCCUCUAUCUCCAACCAAGCGUAAUCUAGUGAGACUUACUGGACGCAACGAACAUACACUGACUGUUUUGGAUCCAGCUAUUGCGGAGAUUCUGAGAGAUACACUUCCGCCACUGCAGCGAGAGGCUGAUUCAUGGCAGUUGCGUUAUUCGACCGACCAACACGGCAUGAGUUUACAAACUCUCUUUACUCGAGCUAAUGAGAGUACCACUGCUCGCGGUGCUGUUGGAUUUCAUGGUCCUGUGAUGCUGGUCAUACGGGACGUAUACGGAGCUAUAUUUGGAGCAUUUUUAUCAGAGCCUCCUGCUCGCCAUAAGGGAUUCUACGGCAAUGGCAGCUGUUUCUUGUGGAAGCAACAACAUCACCCAAAUCAUACAGACUCUGGCUCAAAGACUAUUUCCUUGUACAUGGCUACUGGCAACGAUGAUUACUUUAUGCUAAGUGAAUCUGGAGCUGAACUGGCCUUUGGUGCUGGUGAUGGCAAGUUUGGGCUUUGGAUCGAUAGUCAGAUUAAUAUGGGACAUUCAGAAACUUGCUCCACCUUUCUCAAUGCACCACUUGCAACUACUCCUGGAUCAUUCCAGAUAGAUGCGUUAGAACUCUGGAGUUUCAAUCUCUAA